CAGUCUCGUCCUCCCGGCCCUCACUCUCGCCGGAAAUGACCUCCAGACGCAAGUGCCCUCUCCUAUUGGCACGCGCGGGUUUCUGGUCCGGUAUCCGGAGUGCAAGCACGACCCCAAUGGCGGCCGCAACCCUGCUGCGCGCGGCGCCCCGCAUCAGCAGCCUUGGCGUUGGCGCCACCUCUCUGUUGCAGGGUCUGUUGCGGCCGCUGAAGGCCCCGGCGCUGCCCCUCUUGUGCCGCGGCUUGGCCGUCGAGGCCAAAAAGAGCUAUGUGCGCGACAAGCCCCAUGUGAACGUGGGUACUAUCGGCCAUGUGGACCACGGCAAGACCACGCUGACUGCGGCCAUCACCAAGAUUCUGGCGGAGGGAGGUGGGGCCAAGUUUAAGAAGUAUGAGGAGAUUGACAAUGCACCGGAGGAGCGAGCUCGGGGGAUCACAAUCAACGCGGCCCACGUGGAGUAUAGCACCGCUGCCCGCCACUAUGCCCACACGGACUGCCCGGGUCAUGCAGAUUAUGUCAAGAAUAUGAUCACAGGCACUGCCCCCCUUGACGGUUGUAUCCUGGUGGUAGCAGCCAAUGAUGGCCCCAUGCCCCAGACCCGAGAGCAUUUAUUACUGGCCAAACAGAUUGGGGUAGAGCAUGUUGUGGUGUAUGUGAACAAAGCGGAUGCUGUCCAGGACUCUGAGAUGGUAGAGCUUGUUGAGCUGGAGAUCCGAGAACUGCUCACUGAGUUUGGCUACAAAGGAGAGGAGACCCCGGUCAUCAUAGGCUCUGCCCUCUGUGCCCUUGAGCAACGUGACCCUGAGCUAGGCCUGAAGUCAGUGCAGAAGCUGCUGGACGCUGUGGACACUUACAUCCCGGUGCCUACCCGGGACCUGGAGAAGCCUUUCCUACUGCCUAUAGAGUCGGUUUACUCUAUCCCUGGCCGGGGCACUGUGGUGACAGGUACACUGGAGCGUGGCAUUUUGAAGAAGGGGGACGAGUGUGAGUUCCUGGGACACAACAAAAGCAUUCGCACUGUGGUGACAGGCAUUGAGAUGUUCCACAAGAGUCUGGAGAGGGCAGAGGCAGGGGAUAACCUCGGGGCCCUGGUCCGAGGCUUAAAGCGGGAAGACCUGAGGCGUGGCCUGGUUAUGGCCAAGCCAGGUUCCAUCCAGCCCCACCAGAAGGUGGAGGCACAGGUUUACAUCCUCAGCAAGGAGGAGGGUGGCCGCCACAAACCCUUUGUAUCCCACUUCAUUCCUGUUAUGUUCUCCCUGACUUGGGACAUGGCCUGUCGUGUCAUCCUGCCCCCAGGGAAGGAGCUUGCCAUGCCAGGGGAGGAUCUGAAGCUCACCCUCGUCUUGCGGCAGCCAAUGAUCUUAGAAAAGGGUCAGCGUUUCACCCUGCGAGAUGGCAACCGGACCAUUGGCACUGGCCUUGUCACCGAUACGCCAGCCAUGACUGAGGAGGACAAGGAGCUCAAAUGGGGCUGAGUCUGCUGACCUUUCUCUGCUCGGGCUUUCCUGCGUUGGGACUGUGCUGGCCAGCCUUCUGCUGCUUCAGGCGCCUGUAAGACACAAGCUGAAGCCCUUCUUGUCAUCUGGUAGAGCACACUGAGACAGACACUCCCCUAUUCAGCCGGGGUGGCCUGCCAGCUGGGAUAGGCCAAUAAACUGUUGCGUGAAUAGUAGUCUAGCCUGUGUGUCUUAUGUCCUGUGCAUAAGCUGGAGAGGACAGGAAGAUACAAAAGGGAACUGAAGCCCAGGAAUUGAAGAUGAGCUUGUGAAGCAUCCCAGAGCCAUUUUAACUAAGUUCACAUCUAAGGUAGAGGCUGGAAACGCUGUCCUGAAGUACUUGAUAAAUAUAAAAUAUAAUUGUUCCCAGAAAUGUUA